CGCGGGGUGCGGGGCGCGGGGCGCGGGGCGCGGCGUGCGGGCUCGUGGACGCGCCGCCGACCCGCCGGCUCUGCGAUCCCCCGCCCAGCGCUGCCGGACCCCGGGCAGUUCCGGCCGGCUCCGCGCGCCUCGCCUCAGGAUGGACUUCCUGUUUCUCUUCUUGUUCUACGUGAUGUUGGUGCUGGUCACCGGUGUUCUGAUCUGCCUGGGCUUAAGAACUCAGUACCUGAACGGCCUGAUGGGCAGAGGAACCCAGAUGUUUUCUCACCUGGUUCCAGGAUUCCUGCAGAGAGCUGUGCUGAGGUCCCUCCAUUACCUCUUCCACACACGGAACUGCAGUUUCCUCGUCCUGCACCUCCUCCUCCAGGGGACUGUUUACACUGAGUACUCCUGGGAGGUCCUGGGCUACUGUCUGGAGCUGGGCUUCUCCGUGUAUUACCUUCUUCUGCCGUAUCUGCUGCUGAGCGUCAACUUGGUUUUUUUCACCUUAACUUGUGUGAGCAACCCCGGGACUGUCACCAAAGCAAAUGAAUCCCAGUUUCUUCAAGUUUAUGAGUUUGACGGAGUGAUGUUCUCCAGGAAUGCCAGGUGUUCCACGUGUGACCUCCGGAGACCAGCGCGCUCCAAGCACUGCAGUGUCUGUGACUGCUGUGUGCACCGGUUUGACCAUCACUGCAUCUGGGUGAACAACUGCAUCGGGGCCUGGAACAUCAGGCAUUUCCUCGUGUACCUUUGCACACUCACAGCGUCCGCUGUGGCCUUGGCUGUGGUGAGCACUGUCUUCCUGGGCCAUCUGGUGGUGGCAGCCGACUUGUACUCAGGGACCUACAUUGAUGCCCACGGACGCGUCCAGGUCAUCGACGUCAUCUUUCUUGCUCAGCACCUGUUCCUGUCCUUCCCAAGGAUCGUCUUCAUGCUGGGCUUUGUCCUGGUGCUCAGCUUCCUGCUGGGGGGUUACCUGUGCUUCAUGCUGUACCUGGCAGCCACCAACCAGACCACUAACGAGUGGUACAAAGGCCACCGGACCUGGUGCCAGCAUCACGCCCACAUGGGCCAGCCCCCACCCACCAAGUCCCAGGGCUCCCAGAACUUUUACUCCCGCGGGCUUUGGAGCAACCUUGGUGAGAUCUUUCUACCGGCUCCCGUGCUUCUGGGGAGGAAGAAGAAAUAAGAGAGCGUGGUCUUUAAGUUGUGAGCGCAUGCAUUUAUUCCUACUCAGGGUCGCUCACUGUCUUCACCCUGC